AUGGUGGCUGUGAUUUUGUGUUUGAUCUGUGUGCUCCUCGUACUCUUCGUCGGCUACCUGGCCAUAUACUGGAAGCCAUCCAGAUUACCUGGGCCGAGAGGACUUCCGUACUUCGGGAUAGCCUUCAGUAUGAUAGGAAUAACAUCCAAAGAUAUCAUACAUCACUUAAUGAAAUGGUUUGAGGAAUAUGGUGAUAUUUUUGAAUUUCAAAUACUUGGUCAGAAAUAUGUAUUCGUGACAGAUCCACAACUUUUGCAGCCAAUUCUAAGCAGCAACACGAAUAUUACUAAAGGUCGAUUCGAGUAUUCAUUCUUCAGGCCAAUGUUCAACGAUGGGCUUAUAAUUUCCGAUGGUGAUAAGUGGCGUACACGAAGGAAGUUGCUAACACCUAGUUUUCACUUCAAGAUACUGGAAACGUCAAUUGAAUCUGUCGGCCGAAACACUGAAGAAUUCGUUUCACAUUUGCUUAAGUCGAAUGGGAAAGCCACUGAAAUCGAGGAUCAUAUAUAUUUGUUGACUUUUAAAAUAAUAUGUGAAACAGCAAUGGGUGUUAAACUAAAUACUGUAGAUAAUCAACAAAAUGAAUACAUAAAAGCUUCAAAAAUUUGUCAUGACAGUACAGUGUAUAGAUAUCUCAGGAUUUGGCUCUUUCCUGAUUUUAUUUAUCGUCUUUGUAAAGUAGGUAAAACAUUUUUUAAAUGUUUAGAUGUCAUUCACAAUUUUGCAGAUCAGGUGAUUAAAAGCAGGAAAGAAUUAUUCAUUGCUGAAAAAAAUGAUUUUACAAAUAAGGAUUCGAAAAGAAAAGCAAAAAACACUUUCCUUGACAAUUUACUCGAAUUGGAUGAUUCCAAUCCUGGUUUAUUCACAAAAUCUGAUAUCAGAGAAGAAGUUGACACUUUUAUGAUUGCGGGCCAUAAUCCAACUGCAGCUGCUCUGAAGUUUUUGCACUUUUUACUGGCUAACCAUCCGGAUGUUCAGGAAAAGGUACAUGAUGAACAGGUUGAAAUAUACGGGGAUGAUAAAAGAACGCCAACUGCCCAAGAUCUUCAUAAAAUGAUAUACCUAGAGAUGGUGAUAAAGGAAACAUUGAGACUAUAUCCAAGCAUACCGUUGUAUAGUAGGUUAUUAGACAAAGAUCUACAGAUAGAUGAAAAAACUAUUAUUCCAGCGGGUUGUAAUGUUGCCGUGUUUAAUUACUGUGUUCAUCGUUCCAAAAAACAUUGGGAUAAUCCGGAAGAGUUUGUUCCUGAAAGAUUCGUUCCAGGGAUCGAAAGACAUCCAUAUUCAUUUAUACCGUUUUCAGCUGGUCCAAGAAAUUGCAUAGGCCAAAAAUAUGCAAUGAUGGAACUGAAGACAAUCAUGUCGACAUUAGUGCGGCAGUGCUGGCUAGAACCUGUCAGUACUUCAAUGACUUUGGACUAUGGUAUUACAUUAAGCUCAACAGAACCGAUAAUCGUGAAGGUUUUUCCAAGGAAUGAAACGCAAAAAUUGGUUUCCAAUGAAUGAUUAAGAUCUCUAUAGUAUAAUAAAGCGUUUCAACUAUUUAAUAGAACAUGACUUAAACUUUUUAAAAGUUGAAACAUACUGUUAUUGUGGUGCUAUAUAUGUUGUUCAACAUUAUCGUAUAAUUUAUAACUAUGCAGUGGAAUCUAUCUUAGAAUAAACAGUUCCUGUGCGGCUUCCUUACCAAAUAUCAGAAGUCAUCCGCGAUACCUGGACCAAGAGGACUUCCAUAUUUUGGAAAUGUAUUGGUUGCGAUAGG